UGUCAAAUUGACAUCCACUACGUAAUUUUCAACGCAAUGAUAACCUUCAAAGUCAGCUUCUUGCUGUCUUUUACCCUCCGCCCUCAAACUGUCGCUGGAAAAAAGAAAGAGAAGAAAGGCGAUAAAAAUAAAGAAAAACCAGCGAAAAAGGAAUCGAAAAAGAAAAAAGUCACUGUCAAAGAUGAUGAUAAAGAAUCGUUAGUAAUCGUGUUUGGUCCUCAAGAUGUCCUUGGUGUAGCACAUGUGGAUUACGACUUAGUACCGGGUAGGAUCAAGUACGAUUUCGAUGUGGUGUGUUGGAAAACGGUCGCAACAAUAAGUACUCGAGAUGGAAGCUCAUUGAUUAGAACAGUGAUUAAAAAUGAAAAAGCGUGGGUUCCUAUCACCAUCGAACACUACAUUGAAUGCUUGAACACCGCGGAAGACAUAAAAAGAUUCAGGAACCACAUCGUUCAAUUCAGGUUGACCCACAGUGUACCAAAAGGUAUAGAGCAGAUGACAAUCAUGGUCAGACGCGACGAUGUACGGAACAACGACACUUUUGAAAAAUUACAACUUAUUAUCCACCCUGAUGAAGCGUUGAUGGCGAAACGAAACUAUGAUAGUCUGGAGGAGUACAUAAGGAACUUGAUAUUGAGUUGUGCGAACUAUCCGAAGAACGAAACUGUAUCUUGGUUCAAUCUACCGUAUAGAUGGGAAGAUUUUUACGAAAUUAUUGAUAAGGACGCCCAAGGAGAAACAGUGAAAUGUAAAGCGUUCGUGCUACCACCAACUGGACAAUUGGAACCGCAGGUCAAAGAAAUCAAAACCGCUGGUGCUAAAGGGAAGAAAGAGAAAAAUGAGCAGAAAUCAAAAAAUAAAAAGCUUGAUAAGAACUCAAAAUCUAGCAAGUCAUCCAAAACGACAGAAAAGCAACCAACUAGAGGUGAUUCUACUACUAUCCAAGUUCCUGGGGAAAUAUUUUUCACAGAUCCCGAUCUAGUGAUCUAUAAAAGUGAUACUCGUACGUUUGUUUUGGAUGACGUAUUCGUUUUAUUGUCUGUGAAACAGCUGAUGACCAGCACGCAGAAGUUGUCCAUGAACCCGCUCGUCAUCAAACUGAAAAAAUUAAGAAAACUACCAGCAGAUCUCCUGAAGAAGUUGGAAGUCCAUUCAGUUUACGCACAAUACGACAUUCCUUCGAUAGCCUGUUGUCGAUCUGCGAUUAAACCUCUUGCUGAAUACAUCCUCUUUGACGAAGCUCACAUAUUCUUCAACGACAAAGUACCGAAAAUCAAGGUCAUUGAGUUUAUGCAGACUCGUAGGCUGCUCGUAGAGAUAUACGGUAUCAGAACCGUCCAUCCCAAACAACCGAGCUAUGAUUUAUUUGGCACCGAUCCGACCGAUUUCAACAUAAGCAAAAUCAAGUUAACCACUUUCAAUCGCAAAGACAUAAUUGAGGAUACGACCAGUACUCACGUACUGCUUGCAGUUGCCUCCUAUGACCUCAGUUCUUUGGUAGACAAUGUGUGGAACUUUAGGGAACGAGCUCAAUGUCACGAGCCGAAUUUGACUUUGUUCCAACAGGGCAAAGGUUGGUGAUGAUGUUAUUGAGUAGAUAGACAGAUAUGCUGAGGAUUACAAUCAUUCUUAAUGACAAAGCUAACUUAGAACUAAACAUCUUAAGUUAUUUCGACAUGAUGGUCUACCGCGACGUAAUGACAGUGCCCGAGAUUCACUUCCCUCCUGGCGGGAAAAAAAUCAAAAGCCUCGUUCCAGAGUCAGUGUACCUGGAACAAGGUACCACCAUGCACAUCGAAGCAUACAUCCUAGCACCUCAGACGCCAUGCUUGGUGAUACAUAACCAACCCAACCUUUUCAAGCGAAUGCUGAUGGUCAUUUAUGACGAGCAAUUGGCCAAAGAUGUUUUCGUUGAAAUAUACACGAGGAAUAAGUUGAUAUUGCACGAAGCUAAGAAGAAGAGCGAGCAGAAUAUUGAUAUGGAGCUUAGCGAGGUUCUCACUGGGUUCCUGAUCGAUAACGGGAACAACUAUUUGAUGUUCGUCGAGGGCCUGAUGAACGGUUUUUUCGUUGAAGUUUUUCAUCUUGUGGAUAAGUGCAAUUUGAAGGUAGCAAAAAUUUUUUGCAACUACGAGCACGCUUUCGAGAAACGCCUCUACCAAGACUUCAUCUUCACCGGAAUCUACCCAAUCAUCUUGAAAAUCCCUUUACACGAUAUCUUGGCAAUCGGUGGUAUCUAUGUGCGUGGCAGUGUACCGAAACCCUGCAUGGAAGCACUGAAGAAACUGGACAUCUUGCUCCAAUCCAGGGAUUCCAAGUCUAUACAUCAAUACAAUCUCCUUCCAAAGCCUGAGGAGUUGAUCAGUUUCAAUCUGGAGUGGGGAGUUAGCAUGAGGUGGAAGGAAGAAAAACAACUUUUUGAUGUCAAUUUUUUGUUUUAAUCAGACGAUAAUAAAAUAUAUAACAAUGU